GCUCACAGUUAUGCUAAAAAAUAAAUAUUAUUAUAAAAAUGACUAUCGAUAAAUUUGAUGCUGAUGAAGAUGCUCUUGUGUCCAGUGAUAGCCAAUGCACUGAAACAGCAGUAAAGGGUAAAAAAGCUACUCGAGGUAAACGAAGGACAGCAGACUUUGAAAAAAGUGUUACAGCCAGUAAAAAGGCCAAAAGUGAUACUACUUCUAGUUCUUUAUUGCCAUUUCAUGGAUAUCCUUUGGAACACCCUUAUAAUAAAGAUGGAUAUGGCUAUAUUCUUGCUGAACCAGAUCCAAAUGCAGAUCGUCGAGAUUUCGAAGAAGACUCAUUUGCUGGAAAGCCAAUUCCUGGAGAAAUAUACAGAGUUUCCUUACAGCCCCAAGUUUGUUUAGCGCUUCAUGAUAGAGCCCCCCAAUUGAAAUUAUCAGAAGAUCGUCUUUCUGUAACAGGAGAGAAAGGUUAUUCGUGUGUGCGGUCUAACUAUGGAGUAUCAAGAGGAAAUUGGUUUUUUGAGAUAACAAUAGUAUGCAUGCCUGAAGCAUCAGCAGCCAGAUUAGGCUGGUGUCAACAAUAUGGAAAUUUACAAGCACCUUUAGGUUAUGAUAAAUUUAGCUACUCAUGGAGAAGUUGUAAAGGCACAAAAUUUCAUCAGAGUCACGGAAAGCAUUAUGGCGAAGGAUAUGCUGAAGGUGACAUUCUUGGUUUUUAUAUAUCUUUACCUGAAAAUAAUGUAAUUACAUCUGAUUAUCUUCCUAAAACAUUUAAAGAUAAAGCAUUGAUAAAGUUUAAAAACCACUUACAUUAUGAAGAAAAAGACAUGAGUGAAAUAGUAGAAAAAAGUUUAACAGCUCAUCGAAAUAGUAGUAUUUCAUUUUUUAAAAAUGGAAAAAACCAGGGUGUUGCAUUUGAAGAUAUCUUUAAUGGUGUUUAUUAUCCAGCUGCAUCAUUAUACAAAAACUGUACAGUGGAAUUCAAUUUUGGCCCAAAGUUCAAAUUUCCACCAUCUUUUACUAAUUACAAGCCUAUGAGUGACCGUGUUGAACAAAUGGCAGUUGAACAGUCUUUAUCAGAUUUAAUAUAUUUGGUUUGUUUAGAAGAUGAAAAGCGUUCCAAAAAGAAGAGAAAAAAAUAACGUUUUUAAAUUUGAACAAUGGUUAAUUCAAAUAAAGUUAUCAUAGUUCUAAGUGGAAAAAGAAAAAGUGGGAAAGAUUAUAUUGCAGAUAAAAUUUUUAACAAGAUUGGUAACGAUACUUGUGUGCAAAUUAAAUUGGCAAA